CACAACAAAAAUCUCAGCUAGCUAGCUUUUCCCCUCCAUUAAAAUCCAUGGCUUCCACCAUUAGCAGGAAGAUGACCUUGGCUGUCCUUGCUCUCGCAUUUUUCUCCUCUUGCUUACAAGCCACACUAGGUUAAUUUGCAUUAUUUGUUACAUUAAAUAGCAUUGCUUUAAGCCUUUUAAGAUUAUAACUAUAUGUGUGUGUGUUUUGUUGUAAGGGAAAUAAUAUGUGAACACCUUGACCAAGACACCUGUGCUUACGCGGUGGCGUCCACAGGCAAGCGCUGUGUGCUCGAGAAGCACAUCAAGAGGAGCUGUGAAGAAGAAUACACUUGUCGUACCUCCGAGAUCGAAGCCGAUAAGAUCAACAACUGGAUCGAAACCGAUCAGUGCGUUAAAUCGUGCGGCCUCGACCGGAAAUCAUUCGGUAUCUCCUCCGAUUCCCUCCUCGAGUCUUGCUUCACCGAAAUGCUUUGCUCUCCUCAAUGCUACAACGGUUGCCCCAAUGUCAUCGAUCUUUACUUCAACCUCGCCGCCGGAGAAGGUAUUUUUCUUCCGAAAUUAUGUGAAGCACAAAAAGGAAAUAUACGUAGAGGAAUGUCGGAGAUUCGGAGCUCCGGUAUGGUUGCCCCGGGACCCGUCGGUGGUGUGAAGUUUUGGGGAGUUGCUCCGGCAAUGGCGCUAUACUAAAAGCUUUCGGGAAAUUUUCAUAAAGUUGUAGUAGUUUUGAAAUAAAGGGAAAGUUGCACUAUAGCUAAGGGUUUUUCUUAAAGCCGGGUUCUUUAAGUGCAUGAACCGGCGUAUAAUUUGGUUCGUGCAUGAUUUUGAGCCAUGAGCUUGGUGUGUUUAACCCAAUAAGAUGCCACUUUCUAUUAAAUAGGUUUGCUUAUUGUAAUGGGUGUGAAAAAGAAACAAUGUUAUGAAAUUUAUAUAAGUA